AGUCACAUGAUCAAACAACAUGGCUUCUGGUGUAAAAUUGACACCGCUGGCUGCGAUUGAAAAGCUGUCUGAAAGGAUUAUUCGAAUUCUGGGAUGCAAUCCAGGGAAUCAUACAUUACAAGGGACAAACACAUACCUUGUUGGCAAUGGGAAAAAGAAAAUUCUCAUUGAUACAGGGAGCCCCGAUAAUGCAGAAUACAUGAGAAACUUGAAGAAAACUCUACAAGAUCACAACAGCACUAUACAAGAGAUUGUAAUUACACAUUGGCAUAAUGAUCAUAUUGGAGGAAUCAAAGAUAUUUGCACAGACAUACUCACUGAUCCUGUGAAGAUUUCUAAAUUGGAGAGAAAGUCUGUACCUGAUCAAGAUGUAAGUCCUGGAAAAUACACAUUUGUUGAAGACAAACAUUUGUUUACUACAGAGGGUGCUACUCUAAGGGCUAUACAUACUCCUGGUCAUACUGAGGAUCAUAUUGUGCUAUAUAUGGAGGAAGAAAAUGCUCUGUUUGCAGGUGAUACCAUACUAGGCGAGUCAACUGCAGUUUUUGAAGACCUACAUUCCUAUAUGCAGUCUUUACAAAAGAUAUUAGAUAUAAAGCCAAACAUUCUGUAUCCAGGUCAUGGUAUUGUUAUAGAAAAUCCUGUAGAAUAUGUGACAUACUACAUUAACCACAGAAAUGAAAGAGAGAACCAAAUUCUAGCCGUUCUACAGAAAAAUACAGGGCAGAAUCUGUCAACUCUAGAUAUUGUAACUUCUGUAUAUGUGGGUUUGAAUCCGAGUCUAAUACCAUCAGCGUGUGGUAGUGCCAGGCACCACCUAAAAAAGCUUGUUAAAGAUGGAAAAGUUGAGCUUAUUAAUGAGGCAGAUGAAGAAAAAUGGACACUUGUCACACGGAAGUCAAAUAUAUGAUUGUUUGGCCAUUUGCUUGUUGACUCAAGCAGUCAUCUUAAACAAUAUACAGUGAUACUAUUAUGUCCACUUUUUUCCAUAACAAGGUUUUUCCUUGAUUUCUGUACUGCUAUAAGAUGCCAUUAUACACUAUUCUAAAGGGUGGUAAUGGGAACUUUUUGAAUUUUCAAAAUAUUGUUAUUAGUUUUUAAUUUAUUGUCAAAAAUGAUUUGAAUAGGGUAUCUUCAUUAUAUUUGUUGUAAAUUUCAGCCAUUUUGGACACCAAAAUCUUUCUUUUUUCUUUUCAGUUCUAACUUGAAAUUUGUUGAUGUUUAGUUUUAAAGUUUUAAAGUUUUAAAAUUCUCACUGUAUCUAAAUAAGCAUAACAAGAACAUUUCCAUUAAGUGUGUAAAUCUACAUCGGCCAGAAUUUUGCAAUGGAGACAAUAUAUUUUGGGGCUAUAAAAUUAAAACUCUCUCAAAAAUUGAAAAAAAAGUUCCUACAACCAUGCUUAGCAACAUUUAGAAUGACGUAUAAUUUUAAUCUUGGAAAACCUUGCCAUGGAUUUGGUGGUUUUAACCUUUAGCAAGCAGCGAAGACCAAGGGUCAGCCUGCACAUUCUUUACAGGCAGAUCAUGGUGUGCACUGUUUACUAUUCAGUCAGUAAGUUUUCAGUGAACACCUCUUAGAAUAAGAAGUUUCCAUUUUAGAAAUAUAGCAGGCUAAAGGUUAGAAGUCUUUCAGAUGACUGGUUGGAGCUGAUGUCUGUCCUAGCUGUAAAUGCAACAGAGCAGAAACAUAUUCCAGAAAAUUGUAUAGAACACUGUGGUUCACAUAUUCAAAUACUUGCAUAAAAAAGGGAAAAUUGUUGUAUAAUAACGGCUAAUCAUAUACAUUGUAUAUACAAAGUAUAGUUAAAGACUCUUGCUGCAGUUUCUUAUAUGAGAGAUGAGGCAAAAAUUUCCCAAUAAUAGAAUUUGUUCAAACUUUGUAUAAUAUUGAAUACAGUUUCAUGUUAGAAACAGAAAAAUGCAAAAACAGUCAUAGGCCAAUGCGCUUGUUUAGGAGUUAUCUGCCCUUAAAACUGGAUUUUCUUCAAAUUUGCAUAUACAAGGGCAGAUAACUCCUGAACAAGCAUGGUGACCUUUGACUUUUUAAAAUAUUUUUUUUGUUUCUAACAUGAUACUGUGUGCGUAUACAAAGUUUUCAAACAAAUUCUAUAAUUGGGAAAUGUUUUACCCAGAUCUGCCGCAUGCGUCCUUGGUACUAAAAAUACAUAUCAUCACUGCAAUGCAAAAUGUUAUGAACUCCUACUUCAUGUCGGUACUGGUAACCACUUUUUAAACUGAGGUUACAGAUGAUUACAGUCAAACUUCAUUUGCUCAUACUUGACAAGGCCAGCAUAAUUUGUGCUAGUUAUUGGUAUUUUGAGGCAUCGGACCAAAUUCAUUAUUAAGGGAUUUUGCCGAUCCAGGCGAUGAGUUUAAGGGAACGUGAUGUUCAAAUUAUCCCUGUUUGAGGGAAAGCAGUUUGAUCGUAUAUCUCAUUCAAGUGUGAGGCUAAAUAAGAUAUUUGACUCUGUCAAAAUUUAGUGUUCUUUGAAAUAACUAAUAUUUGUGGGGGACUAACCCUUAUCAUGCUGGACAGGAUUGAUUCUGAAUUGGCCACCAGUGUAGAUCAUGAUCAGUCUGCACAUCUGUGCUGUCUGAUCAUAAUCUGCACUGUUUGCCAUUCAGUCAGUAUCUUUUUGGUAUUAGCACCCCUUUUAACAGUUUAUUGUACUGUCCAAAUUGAAAGAUGAACAAGUUCAUUAUAGAAAUUUAGCAGGGUCAGCGCUUAUUAUCCGAGUCUGAGGGAAAGCAGUUUGAUUGUAUUUCUCAUUCAAGUGUGAGGGUAAAUAAGAAAUUUGAUUCUGUCAAAAUUAAGUGCUUUGUGAAAUCACUAAUAGUUGUGGAGGACAAAAUUUCCCUACUACAUUGUUGUGUCAGUCCAUGAAAUUUGAUCCUAAAAUCACAUUCGUUUCAAGUUUAAAUGUUAACCACAAAUUCAUAUCUCCACGAAAUAACCAUUUUGCCCAAAACCACGAAUACAGAUAGUAUAUACAGACUUAUAUUAUCAUCAAUUCGUAUUCAUUUUAAAAAUUCAGACCAUAUUUUCCAUUAAUUAUUUUUGCCUAUAUAAUGGAUUAAAAUAUAUUUGCGUGACUAUGCUGUUAAGUUGUUGCUCAAGAAACAGGCCUUGAACUAUUGUUUGGGAUACCAGUUCAGUAUUUUUCUUUUUAUACCCCCACCAAACAUGUUUGAGGGGGGUAUAUAGGAGUCAGUUUUGUCGCGUCCCGUCCCGUCCCGUCGCGUCCCGAAAUCUAUUAUCUCAGUUAUUACCAAAUGGAUUUGAUUCAAACUUAAAAUACAUGUUCCACCUUAUCACCCACAUCAUGUGACACAAGGUGCAUAACUCUUGACACCAAGUUUUCAUGAAUUAUGUCCCCUUUUACUUAGAAUUUAGGGUUAAUUUUGCUGUAUUUUCACUCUAUCUCAGUUAUUACUAAAUGGAUUUGAUUCAAACUUAAAAUAGAUAUUCCACCUCAUCACCCACAUCAUGUGACAUAAGGUGCAUAACUCUGACACCAAUUUUUUUCAUGAAUUAUGCCCCUUUUUACUUAGAAUUUAAGGUUGAUUUUGAUGUAUUUUCACUAUAUCUCAGUUAUUACUAAAUGGAUUUGAUUCAAACUUAAAAUAGAUGUUCCACCUCAUCACCCACAUCAUGUGCCCACAUCAUGUGACACAAGGUGCAUAACUCUGACACCAAGUUUUCAUGAAUUAUGUCCCCUUUUACUUAGAAUUUAAGGUUAAUUUUGUUGUAUUUUCACUAUAUCUCAGUUAUUACUAAAUGGAUUUGAUUCAAACUUAAAAUAGUUGUUCCACCACACCACUUACAUCAUGUGACAUAAGGUGCUUAAUUCUGACAUAAAUUUUUUAUGAAUUAUGUCCCCUUUUACUUUAAAUUUAAGGUUGAUUUUGAUGUAUUUUCACUAUAUCUCAGUUAUUACAAAAUGGAUUUGAUUCAAACUUAAAAUAGAUGUUCCACCUCAUCACCCACAUCAUGUGACACAAGGUGCAUAACUCUGACACCAAUUUUUCAUGAAUUAUGCCCCUUUUUACUUAGAAUUUAAGGUUAUUUUUUUACUUAGAAUUUAAGGUUAUUUUUUAUGUAUUUUCACUAUAUCUCAGUUACUACUGAAUGGAUUUGAUUCAGACUUAAAAUAGAUGUUCCACCUCAUCACCCACAUCAUGUGACACAAGGUGCAUAACUCUGACACUAAUUUUUCUUGAAUUGUGUCCCCUUUUACCUAGAAUUUAAGGUUAAUUUUGAUGUAUUUUCACUAUAUCUCAUUCUGAUUGGCUUAGAGCCAAAGGGAAGUAACCUUUUUUAAACUUUUGUAUGGAGUUUCUUCACCUUAAAUUCCAGGAAUUAGUCUAUUUUUAGAAAUCCUAUUUUUAGAUUUUCAAUAUUUUAGGUAUUUUUCUAACUUUUUUAUUAUAAGUCCUAUGUAAAAAGUAAAUACAUUUUUCUGUGGUAACAUGGGUCGGUAAGACACUUUUUUGUAUUCACUUUUAGUGUAUCUCUAAUAUUAGAGAUUUAAUAUAUUUACUAGUAUUACUAUACUAGUAUUAUACUAGUAUUACUUACAUGUGGAAGCCCAGGAUGAAGUACUCCAAAGACUAAGUAUUUUUAAGAUUUCUUAUGGUUGCCAUUCUUCUGUGACAAGACCGUAUGGUGGGGGUAUGAAUCACUCCUGUGACAGUUCUAGUUGAUUUUAUCUUUACUUUGAAAAAGCCAAAUCUAAGUUUUGCAUCAUUCUCAGGUUUCUAGGGGCAUAGAAGGAAUAAUAACAUUAAAGCUGGUGUUUAAAAUGAAAUUAUUGAGAAGUCUUCUUGAAACACAAGUGUUGACAUAGAUAACAUGUUAAAGCAAAUUUAAAGCCGCAUAGAGCAAAAAUUCUCUAAACAAAUUCUAAUAGACCUUGAGCUGACAAUUGACCCUGCUCCCCCCCCCCCCAAGGAGGAAUUUUCAACUCUAUGAUUUUCUUAAACCGUAUGGUAGUUGCUAUUCACAGACAAAAGUUUGCAAGUUUCCGUUGGGGCUUUAACGAGUUACGGAGAUUUAAAAUACGUUACCAUGCAAAUUUUCAUUUAAUUCACCAUUUAUGUUAAUUUAAUAUUAUAAACAUGCCUGUUGUACAAUUAAUCGUAAUUAACAAGUUGCUUAGAUAUGUUUAUGUUUUUAAAAUAGAAAUUAUCAUAUGUUCGUAUCAUUUUAGGUGAAUAGAUGUUAUGUAUUAUCCGUAACUUACGUUACUUCUUUUGAAAUUACUAGAACAUAGAAAUAUAUCAACAAUGAUGAUUUUUUAAGUUGUAAAAUACUGAUAAUGGCCAAUACACAGUUCAGUAAUUAAAUCUAUAUAUAAUAAAACUGUCCCCAGAGUAUGUCACAUAUGAUACGUUACCUUUCCGAAAUAUGUGUUAAAGAAAAAAUAUUUAAAAUUUUGGUAUUACCUAUAUGGUCAGGAUUUUAAAAAAUUUAUACAUUGGACUAUAAAUAAACAUCACCAGACAUGAACAACAUUAUCAAAUAAAUGUAUAUAGAUUUUAUAAUUCAUUAGAAAUAUUAAUUAAAUGUAUAUUAAGAAUAUAUAGCUCUUUGAAUAUACCAGUAUUACUGCAUAUCAUAAUUAUAAUUAAAUAACAUAGACUCCGCAAUGCAAAGCAAUGUUAGUCCUAAGGUAUGACCUCUGACGACUAAGUGUGACAUUGAGCUUGAAGUGAAAAAUGGUAUUCACUAUACACUCUUAUUAGGGGUGGCAGAGGUUUCUAACGGUAAAAGGCAGAUGGCCUUAGAUUUCGGUUGUUGAUGAUAAAUACAACUGCAUUCAAUAGAGUCUGGUCUGGAGGAGAUACUCCUCGUAAACGAUUGAUCCUCCUAGCCAUGUGACGUCGAUCCUCCUCGCUGAUUUGCUGUUUCUCCUGUGACUUCUGACAGUGACCUUGGUAACCAUUAACAGCAUUCUCACUACACUCCCACAGCCCUGUUCUAUAAAGUGGGUCAUAAGGGCUUGGGGGGCCACGAAUGGAUUCCUUGCAGAAUCAGUCAUAACAGGGAUACCCUGCAGGAUAUUUAACAUGGAGGUUUUGCCAAUAACAAUCAUACAUCUAAUGCGAAGCAGACCAGAAGUACUUCCUUCUUAAAACAGACGAGAUUCCCCAAUAGAUGGUUAAUUACUAUACUGAAGCAGUUAUUCCACACAUAUCUUAUAAUAACAAAACUUAAGGUCAUGGGAUACCCUGACCCAAGUUCAUAAACUUCCGGGAUGCCUGGAAAAAAUACCAAUUUAUCAAGGCCCUGGGAUACCCAGAGCAAAUACCAUAAUACUGACACUCAUGUAUGCCAGGUGAUACACAUACUGUAUUAGUUCAUAAACUCUUGGGUUGCAUGGAGAAAUAUACCAAAUUAUUACUGUGCUGGAAUACCCAUACUAAUGUGUAAUAUGGGAUACUCAUUCUGACCUAUAUUUCUAAAACACAGUCAAGAUACCUAGCAAAACAUACAAAUCUGAGAAACUUGGGUUUUCUUGAAAGUUUGGCGGAUGGAUGGACAUAGCUUCUGCAUCUUUCACAAGGAUAAACCUGGGAUACCCAGGAAGCUGGGAAGACUUCAAACAGAUGGACACAGUUUCUGCGUCUAUUGCUGGACUGAGCUUUGCCUCUGCUGACACAUAUCUAAACGAGGGUCUCAAGUAAAUGAUCCAUAACCCAAAGUCCCUUUCCUAGGCCUCCAGCCCAAGAAUCUCUAUUGCUUAAACCAGACAGAUCCCUCAAAAGAUCCCGAAAUACCAAUACCCAUCUGGAAGGGACUCGUGUUUUAACCCAAGUACAAAGGAUGUUGUGGUUAGAUAAAGGCUGCACAGCCAUAUCUACCAUCAGUUUUAGAGACUGCAGUCUCACACUGGGGAUAAGUUGAUCUUACCGCCACUUAACCAAAUCCGCACGUCCAUUUACUGAGUAAGGGUAAGCAAGCCAAAACCAGACCAAUAAGUGAGACUCUGGCACAACGUGCCCCUACUGGUCUAUCCAUCAAAACAGGAGACAUGAACACAUCCCACAGACCCAGCCCCUCCAAGUCGAUGUUUCCAUAAUUGUGUAAAGCCAUACUUUCAGGAGCAAGGUCCAUACAGUAAUUGUUGUCAUAACCCAACCCUUUCCCCCGAAAUGUGCACAGUAAGGGUAGUGUAAACUACCAACCUCGGAAUGAAGGAAUUAGUAAAAUAGACAUGAAGGACACUGAUCCCCAAACAAUGACACUGCAGUUUGCGACGCAGGACAAGUAUUGCUCAACAUAUAUUUGUUCCAUAGUUGCUGUCAUGGAGAUGGACUUGAUGUACAUGCACUUAGGUUAAAUGCAGGAAGAUGGAACCAUGUUAGAGAAGGUGGUACUGAAUACAAUAAGGUUUCUAGUGGUGGCAACCACCAGGCCUGUAUGUCCUCAUGACCUAGACAAAUGCCCUCGUGACCUAGAAAAAACAAUGAUAGAUUGACUGUUGGUACCCAACAUUAUUAAAAGGCAACUGCCCAGUAUGAUUGAAGGGCAGUACUCAAGCGGGCUUUUGAUGUUGAUGUUGAAUAGGGUUGCUAGUAUGAGGUACACAAACCUUUGGAAAAAAGUGGCCUCCGAACUUCACACAAGUGGCUUUACUUUUAGUAACAAUAUUCCCCAAUAGUGUUAUUUGUCUCUGACCUUAGAUUCUCUAGAAACCAGUUGAGGUUCAAAUGACUGGAAAUCAAAUAGGUCCUCUGUCUGGAAUAAACUUGUCAAUUGGUAACGGAAUUCACCCGUAAAAGUUUAAAGGCCCAUAUUUGCCACAAAAAGAGUUAGUUUUGUAAGAACUUGCCUUCAGAGUGGGCAAUCAAAUGCACUUUACUUUACCUACUAGAGUUACAUUAAUUUCAAUUGCAGAAUAUCCUAUUUUAAGGCAGUUCCUAUAAUUGUCUUAUUGAACUACCAUCAAUAUAUACAUACCGUAUUAAAGAAAGUCACAGUAUUCCAGUCAUGACCAUUACUGGAUACCAGCUCCAUAGAAGAUACAUGUACAUGGUAUAUCUACUUAAGGAUACAGUUGAGAUUGACAACAUGUUGGAUGAAGUCUAUGUUGAUGAAUGAAUCUACUGUACAUUCAAAACAAUCACAGUUACAACAUACAGCAGUUAACAAAAUGUAAAAUGUGUGUGCAUAAACAUGCACAAGAUUUCUAAAUAUCGUGAUAUGCCUGUUUUAAAUUUAGCAUCUUUAUAGAGCACUGUGUUGGGCAAUGUCUGUAUAUAUUAUAAGUGUGGCACUUCAAUGGACUUAAAUUGCUGAAUAUAUAUAUCAAUUGUUUAAAAAAAUGUUUGGCUGCAUAGUGUUCUCGUGAAGGUGUAACCAUGGACCAUGUAAAUUAGGUUCUACAAUGUGUUUAGAAUUGAAAGCAAAAUAUUAAAAACAAAAAAAAAUCAUUGUAAGUUUGCUAUUUUUCCAAGAUAAAGUAUAUGUUCACAAUACAGAAUACAUGAAAAUGUAUAGCUUAUAUGUUAGGUAACGUACAACGUAAAUUGUAACGUAGACUGUUUUUUAAAUACAUGGGUUUAAAGUUAAAAUGCAAAGCUAUGUUAAAACAUAUUUUGAUUGAAUUGUAGAUAUGCUUUUGCUAAGUGCUACAGUAUAUUUAAGGUAACAGAACACAAGAGAUAUAGUUAGUUUGUUCGGUAACGUAAAUUGUAACUUAAUUUGAUAUAUUUAUACGUGUUUUAAGUUAAACCUUCAGUUUGAAAUGCAAAACUAUACUGUUGAGAACAGAAUUAUAUUUUUUUUUUCAACUGAUAAAGUGUGUUUAAAAGAAAAUGAAGACAUACAAUAUAAUGUGUAUGUUUGGUAACGUAAAAUGUUAUGUAGAAUUCAAUGUAAGACAUCUUACAAGUUAGAGGUUUGUUGAUAAAUAAGUAUAUAGUUGCAUUACAUGUAACUAAAGAAUGUCAAUAUAAAAUUGAUAGAACUUUUUUAUGAAAAACAUGUUUGAAGUAGGUAUGAUUGAAAAUUAGCAUAUUUUGGAAGAAUGCCGUUACAUUUUAAGAAUCGCUAAAAGUAUGCUUUCCCUUAACUUAUACUAGCAAUCUAUAUAUCAUUGUUUUUGCUGAACUUUGAACUUUUUAAUAGUAACUUCAAUUUCUAAUUACCUGGUCAUCUAAAUUUGCAAUAAAAACUUCAUGCCAAAAAUGUUGCUUUUUUUAGGGUAACGUAUCUUUUUCCGAUAUUUUUCUUCUUUAACAUCACAUUUUAGAUAUUGAAAUUUUAGCAAAUUGCAACAUCUAGUAUACACCUUGUAAUAAAAUAUGCAAACUUGAAAUGAUUUACUUACAUAAUGGUACCAUUUGUCUGUAAAAAUUGAUGAAAAAAUUAUUGGUUUUGAGGGUAACGUAUUUUAAGGUGUUGUUACGGAGAAAAGCCCCACUCGCUAGUUGCAAACUUUAUGCCAAAAUGUUCACCACACAUUGGAGUUUCAAAAAAAUAUGGUCCACAAAAUUCCCCCUGUGGGGGAGCAAAACCCCUUCUGGCUCAUAGUCUAUAAGGCAUCCAAAACCACCCUAUGAAGAGAGAUAUUUUCUUUUCUUAUUUGAUAAAAUUCUACAAACAUUUACUGUGGAGUCAGACUGGUUUAACUUUAACCCUUUAAGUUAUCAUGCUGAACACAAUUGAUUCUGCCUUUCCCACCAGUGCAGAUCAUGAUCAUCCUGCACAUCUGUGCUGUCUGAUCAUGAUCUGCACUGUUCGCCAUUCAGUCAGUACAUUUUUGGUAUGCACCCCUUCUAACAGUUAAUAAUACUGCCCAAAUUUAAGAUGGGCAAAUUCAUUAAAGAAAUUUAGCAGGGUAAGGGUUAACAGUACAAAGGUGGACCCUUUGUUAUUUUUUUUUUUCAUGAAAACUGGUACAAAGAAUGCAAUAUGUAGAAUGUACAUGUCAUUUUAUUUUGUAUGUCUGUUAGUCCAUUAGUCAUCAAAGGUGGGUCUUGAAACAGUAUCAAAAGUACUGGUACCUGGGAUUUUUCAUGAGACAGAGGACAGUACAGGAAUAUGGAGGUCUUAUCGUUUUGUUGCAAUACAAAUGUAUUAGAAAAAUAUGGUUCAUAUAGCAACGUAUAAAAAAUAAAUAUUAAACAAGAAUUUUUUUCAUGACAUCUUGUAGAAAGAUAGAGUGUAAUAUGGGUAAUUUGCUGACAAUUUUAUUUUGUUGCAAAAUCUAAAAUAUGGCAACAAAAUGUUAGUAUACAUAUUUUGUGAUAAUUUCUGAUGUUGUGAUAGUAAAAUGUGGUUUAUAUGGCAACAAGAAAUGUAAUACCUAUUUUGUGAUAAUUGUUGAUGUUUUGAUAGCACCUCUUGUUAGUUUACAGUUAUUGUUGAUGCCUCAACUAAAUGUUAAACAUACUUUCUAAUUUCCGAUUUGAUAGCACCAUCUGGUAGGGGACGUUUAUUGCAACAUCAAAAAUUUGGUUUAUAUGGCAACAAAAUGUUACACAUUUUAUGAUAAUUUUCAAUAUAUCGUCGCCUCAACGCGAAACUAGUCUAUGUAUAUAUAGAAAUAGAAGCAGAUAGACUAGUUUCGCGUUGAGGCCACAUAUUGUGAAAAUCCAUUACCAUAUUGGAUGUCUAUUGCAAAGCAAAAGACUUGUUUGAUUAACCAUUGUAGGGCAACAACUUGUACAAAUAGCACUACAGUUUUCCAAAUGGUGUUUGUUUUAGAGAGGUGGCACUGUAUUUAGGUACUUGUUUUUUUAUUAUAACGUGGAUCAUUUAGUUGUUGCUGCUUACAUUUGUUUGUUGUUGUUGUUGUUUUUUUAAAAAGAAUUUCUUAAAUUUGACCUUAAUGUUAAAAACAUGUUUCCAGUCCGAGGAUGUUUGAUGUACAAAUUUUAUAUUUUUCUAGUCAGAUAUAUUAAACCAAAGAAAUAGCUCUUUGAUUAAACUAAGAAAAAAAAUUUCA